AUGUUCCCGCCUAAUUGUACGGUUGAGCCUGAGGAGGAGGAAGAGGACGAAUUUCAGCAAGAUUCUCCUGGGGGAGAAGGGGGAGGGGGAGCGUCAGGGUUCGGAAUGGGCGGGGGCGCGGGGGGGAUGGAGUUUGGGGAGGAGGAGGCGUCUGCGGGGAUGGUGGGGGCGGAGCAGGUGUUACCUGGAGCGGGCGGGUGGGCGGGGCAGGUGUUUGUGCUGCAUAAUGUGUUCGUGGACCCCUGGGGGUUGGUGUUUAAUGCCUCGCAUGUCUUCCGCGCGGGGGGGUGCCGCCCCCACUUGCGCCGCCAGAAGUUCGUGUACCACAGGGGCACACAAGUAACCCUACACAAGCUGGUGGUGAACCUCAUGGUGCCAUCCCCUCAGAGGCACCUCAAGGCGCGCCACCCGCGCUUCCACACAGUCUUCCACCGCCUCGUGCACCAGCUGCCGCUCUUCCUCCCACUCGCCCCGCUGCUGCCCAAGCUCGUCGAGCAUGAUGCACGGUUCCUUGUCCAUGAGAAGAAGUACCUUCACUCGCUGGCGCUGCACAUCCUAGGCGGGGACCCGUCGCGCCGAGCGUUGGUCCUACAGGAGGAGGCGCAGCACCUCAUCUUCGUCGAGCGCCUCGUGCAGCCCUUCUUCCAACACUGCUCCCGCCCCAGCCCCGCUCUCUGGCACUCCCUCCGCUCCUCCCACCUCCUCCCCCCUGCUGGCCUCCCUGUUUUCGACAAGAACUGGUGCAGACGGGAGGUGGCGCCUGUGCCUGCUACAGUUGAGGAAGCAGCUGCGGCAGCAGCAGCGGUAGAAGCGGGUGGGGUGGGAGCAGCAGGAGCAGCGGCGGCAGCAAAGUUGGAAUCUCUUCCGAUUCCGAAGAAGGAUUGGGUGGUGAUAGACGCACAGCCGCCAGGGGUGUUGGAGUUGGAACGAGCAGCCGAGCAUGAAGCUGCCCUGAAAGACAAUUUCUGGUUUGGGCGGAUACAGCAGCACCUUGCAGGCAAGGGGUUUGACUCCGCGAAAGAGCGUUUUUCCCGGGCAGCUUUACUGGUGACCACGCCGGGCGAGGCGCUUCUGAACAUGAUUUUCAUGCCGCCCGGCUCUACAGUGUUUGAGUACCAGCCGCGGGAAUCAGCCACAAAUGCCCAUCGUGCAUUCGCUCAUGUUCUCGGUCUCAAUUACGCGGCUUAUAUCUGCAAACGAACCAGGAGAGCUAUUGACGAGGAUGACCCUGUAACCCUCUACUGCCAUCCCAUGACAGUCCGACGGUUCUUCACGCACGUGGAAUCUGUGGUGUUUCAUAGCCCGGUGAUACCUGGGGGAGGUGCUACCCGCGCCCUGCUUAACCGAGACUUUAUACCCGGUUCUCUGCUCAAGAACAGGGCCGAAGUGAGGAAGUUCAAGAGGUGGGCGGCGUGUGUGGGGAGGCGAGGCACGUGGGUGGAGAAUCCUACCCCCCGCAACCUCCCCUGGGACUUCCGAGGGUACAGCAAUCAAUGCGACGCGAGGAAUCGCGCGGAGGGGCGAGGGUUCCUCACCGGGAACGCUGCAGAUGCCAUGGCAGCAAAGGCAACGGCAAAGGGGGAUAGUACAAGCUGGGUGGUUAGCCCACUGUUGAAAUAUGAAUGGGUGGUGGACGACGGGGCUUGUGGUGGCUCGGGGGGCGAGGAGGGGGGCGAAGGAGGAAGAGGAGGAGGUGGAGGAAAGGAGCAGACGAAGAGAAGGAGGCUGGGGGCAGUAGAACCUCUCCCUGUUGUCACACAACAUCUGGUUUUUGAGAAUUCUCAAGAACCUCUCCCUGCUGUCACACAACAACAGAAACAACGACGGCGACAGCUCAAGAAGGCAGCCGCUUCAUCACCACAGAACACCUCCUUUUCCUCCUCCUCCUCUUCCUCCGACUGGCUUCCGUUCGACCCAUCGGCGUUCUGCGAGAGGGUGCUGAAGAACAGGCGCAUGCUGGUGGUGGGCGACUCGAAGCAGUUCCAGCUCGUCAUGUCUCUCGUGAACGCCCUUGCCACGGGCGUGCACAAGCCCGCGUGGGGGCUCAUUCAGGAGAUUGAGGCUCCGGAGGGGUGUGCUGCUGCUGUGGACAAUGACCCGUCUCGGUACCUGCAUGACUUUUGUAAAAGCUACAUAUUCAACGGCACGCUAUGCCCCGGCUUCCAAUUAGACUACAUCAGAGCAGACCGGCUCUAUAUCUUCGACCCGCGCCCGCCCGAGUUCGAGUACAUGCCGUGGGUGCGUCCAUCCCUCUCGCACCUCGCCACCGCCGACAUAAUCCUCAUCAACCGCGGCGCGCACUGGACCGCCACAGAGGAUUUUCUGAGCGGCGUGCGCUCCGCGACAAGAUACAUCCGCCAGAACUUCCCAGAUAAGCUCGUGAUCUACCGCAACACUCCGCCCGGACACAUGGACUGCGCGGGGCGAGAGGCUCCACUGGAACAGCCACAGCCGCAGGAGAUCCUGCCGUAUUUCUGGAAGGACUUGAAAGAGCAGAAUGAGCUGGUGAAGGAGGUGGUGGAGGAGACGGGGAGCGUGUAUAUGGAUGUGGAGGGGAUGCUGGCGCUGCGGUGGGAUGGGCACAAGGGCGUGGUGCCGGAAAAGAAGAAGCCGGAUUGCUUGCACUACUGCCUGCCUGGCCCGUUGGAUGUGUAUCCGCAGUUCUUGUACAAUCUACUCGUCCGUCUUUUGCCGCCGCCGCCACCUGCUAAGUGA